AUCGGAGAAGCAGCUUCAGCGUCAAGCUCAGCCCCCCCGCCUCAAUAUCAACCUAGACCUCAGCAGCAUCAGAUUGCGCCACGUGCAGAAGGAUACAGGGCUCCUGCUAUCCGAGAAUCCCGCAUCAAGGACCGCCCACCGCCAAAGAGUACCGCAUCAGACAGUGCGCUGAGGAUUAAGAUCGAGCUUGAUCUAGAGGUUGAGGUUGAUUUGUAUGCGAGGGUUAAGGGAGAUGUCACUAUUGGAUUGAUGUAG